CAUUAUGCGUAUCAUGCCGAAGGGCUUCAUGGGAUGCUUUAAGGUCUACGCUAAUUUUCAUUUCGAUGUUGUUAUUUGUGAAACAACAGCGUAUUACAAGCAACUGAGCCCAUUCUUGAAUUCAUUUUGAACUCUAAAAUACAUUAACCAUGUUCGGAAGCCAGAAGCCAUUUGGCACAAGCACUGGUUUCGGAACAAGUGCCUUUGGAACAACCCAGACAACCCCGUUCGGACAAGGCAGCAAUGUGUUCGGUGCCACGGCCUUUGGCACUGCUGCCCCGAGCACAAGCACAAGCCUUUUCGGGGGCGCUCCCCAAGGAGGAGGGCUAUUUGGGGGUUCGACCUCCACAUUUGGCCAGCCAGCCACUUCAACCACUCCAGGGUUUGGGUUCGGCAGCCCAGCCACGAGCACCUCCCUGUUUGGCUCGGGUGCGGCCCAGCCGAGCGGAAGCACCGGUCUUUUCGGAACACCAACCAACACCUUUGGUCAGCCCAGGUCUCAGUUUGGCACCUUUGCAUCCUCAACCCCGUCAUCAGGAGGGCUUUUCGGUCAACCGCAGCAGCAGAGCACCAACUUAUUUGGUCAGGGCAGCACUGCAAGCACAGGACUGUUUGGGUCAUCUGCCUUUGGUGCUGGACCAACGCCUACAGGCACGACAAUCAAGUUCAAGCCUCUUACUGGUACUGACACUAUGAUGAAGAAUGGUGUCUCCAGCACAAUCAACACUUCACAUCAGUGCAUCACAUGCAUGAAAGAAUAUGAAAGCAAGAGUCUUGAGGAACUACGCCUUGAGGACUACGCAGCGAAUCGCAAGGGAGGCCAGGGUGGCAUGGUUGGUGGCUUUGGAGCUACAACGCAGAGUUCUCUCUUCAGCACGCCUGCCACUCAACAGUCUGCAUUCAGCUUUGGUGGGAACCAGGCUAAGCCAUUAUUUGGUGGCACAAACACCUCAACAUCAUUCAACACGGCUGGAAGCUCCCUGUUUGGACAGACGAACCCGACACAAAAUGUCUUUGGCAAGACAACUGGGUUUGGAAUGCAGGGCGGAACUACGGGAUCUGCCUUUGGGUCAGGAUUUGGGACCACAGCACCUGUUUUUGGGCAGCCCCAGCAAAAGCCAUUGUUUGGCCAGCCUACAAGCACAGGACUGUUUGGUGCCACUACAACAACUGCGUCGACUGGCUUUGGUACCGGCUUUGGAACUGGUUUUGGUGCCACAACUCAGGCCAAUGCCUUUGGUGCAAAGGCUCCCUUUGGAGCAGCAACUACGUCAGCUCCAAGUGCCUUCUCCUUCGGUGGUGCAAAUACGACCACAGGAUCCUCCCUCUUCGGUGCAAAAGCACCUCCCUUCAGCUUUGGAAACACCACUCAGAGUGGUUUUGGAACAGGAACUUCAGGGUUUAACUUUGCAUCAACGGCUAGCACUGGCACAGGGCUGUUUGGAGCACCAAAGACAACACCUGCCUUUGGUACCGGUACAACACCAGCCUUUGGCAGUACCGGUUUUGGCACCACUGGUUUUGGCACCACUGGUUUUGGUUCAACUCUGGGGGGAACUUCAACUGGCACUGGCCUGUUUGGUGGUUUGGGAGGAGCCAAUAAACCUGCUUUUGGUUUUGGAACAGGCACUACGGGCUCUACAUUUGGUGGCUUUGGCGCAACAAACCCAACGACCACGCCUUUCAACUUCAGUGGAACAGCUCCUACAUUAGGAAUGAUGGAUCAGAACGCAAAUCAAAUCCAGAUGCAGCAGGCACAAAUGCAGCAGCUUCUGUUGCUCACGAGCAAUCCUUAUGGCGACAAUCCACUUUUCAGAAAUCUAAUCAAGGACACAAACAAGCGGGAAGAAUUGCUAAACCCAACCAGUCCUGCUGCACAAAAAUCUCUAAUGUCUUCUCAGUACAAAGUCUCAUCACUACCAGCAACAAAAAUAAAGCCAAAGGCCAUUGUGGGUCCCUCUUCCAACAAGACAGUUUCGUUGUUCCACGGGCUGGAAGAUGAAGAAAGCUCUCAAAUGAAUGAUACCUUUGUGCCUCGUCCAAGCAUGAAAAAACUGGUGUUAAAGCCAAAAGAAGGUGCUGAUCGCACAUUCACCAUGGCUGAUACUGUGUCAAUGUCAUCCCCGGCACCUGUGUCGCCUCCGAGGUCCGAAACAAUCACGAGGACACCUCUAACUGUACCACUAACACAAGGGUCUGCUAGCACUCCUGUUUCAGCACCAAGAGACCCGGGAUCUCCUCUCCCGCGCUUGAAUUUAGAUGACGUAUCGACUGCUACUCCACCUGCUGACAGUCCUGUGCUAGGUUCAUCAAAAAGUAACCUUCAGAGCCUUGACGACACGGUGUCUCAACUUGGCAUCAGAAACAACCGCCUUGGGCUAACCCUCUCGCCCACAGACGACUCUGGCCCUGGCCGUGGAUCCACUCAGCAGGAUGACUCCAUCUUAUUAACCUCAGAGUCAGGUGGCUCGGCCGACGCCACGUUGCCAACUCCACAUCCAACAGGAAUUGUGCUCACACGGCCUGGAUACUUCACCAUUCCAUCGUUGGACGACCUCGCAGCUCUGUUUGGGCAGGACAAACGUUGUGUCGUGGAGGGAUUCACAGUGGCAAGGGAUGGAUACGGUAACGUCUUCUUCCCCGGACGUACCGAUGUGACUGGGCUUAAUUUGGAUGAAAUUGUACACUUCCGCCGUAAGGAGGUCACAAUCUAUCCUGAUGACGAUGACAAGCCACCCAUUGGUGAAGGCCUUAACAAAAAGGCACAGGUUACCUUGGACUGUGUCUGGCCUAAUGACAAGACCACUCAUGAACCAAUUAAGGAUCCUGAACGGCUGAAACUGAUGGGCUACCAGGACAAGCUAGAACGAGCCACAGCAAAGAUCGAUGCAAAAUUUAUGGAAUACAGGCCCGAGACUGGAUCGUGGGUCUUCGAGGUGAAGCACUUCUCGAAGUACGGCCUUGAAGACUCGGAUGAUGAAAUGGAAGUGGUCGUGGUGAAACAGACCUCACAGCAGAAGGCAGUCGCAGACAGGGCCACCAAGCCUUCACAAGGAGGAACUGAUAGGACAGCUGCUGGGGCAACAGCAGCAGCCAGAGAUGUUAGCCCCGGUAAUGGUGCAACACUCUCUGGAUCCCUAGGCCAAGAUAUGGCCGAGGACGGUCGUGUGUCCUUUGCUCCUGGAGAUUCCGACCUCUCUGGAAUCAAUGAAGGUUCGCUCAUGCAGCCAACCUCCCCAACGACUCAGCAGCUGGCUGAAGCUCUUGGUGUGAGCACCGAGAAGGUGCAAGGGAUGAAAGCGUCUUUCUUCAUGCGCGAUGACGGUGACGAGGAAGACGAUUAUGGAACAGGUUUGCCGCAGUCAAAAUUAAAGAGGGCGCUUGUGUCGAGUGCCGGCCCCCAACGGCCUCCCAAGGGUUUAUUCUGUCUUCCUGCGUUGCGGAGGAGCGAAACCCCCGCCACCCCGCCAUUGAUUACAGGCACUCCUGAACCUCCAGCAAGGAAACAAAAGUCUGUUCGAGAAGAAGCAAGACCACCAUCACCAGAUUUUCUGUCUUCACACAUCUUACUUCGUAGUGUGCCCUCAGAAGUGAAAGCAGCAGUGCCAGAACCAGUUAUAACACCAUCGUCUAUGCCGGCGUUGGUCCCGUAUUCACAAUCCUGCACUUACGGAAAGCAGCAUUUAUGGGUUGACGCGACAGCCUUCAUGGGGCACAGCUUUCGUGUUGGCUGGGGCCCCAAGUUAACUAUGGUUCAUAUGGGAUCACCCAUAAGCGGAGCUGCUAUGACAGCUGGGGACGUGCGCUUCUCCAGGUGGCGCGCCGAACACUGUGGGGACAGUGCCGCAAGUGGGAGAAUUUUAACUCUCCGGUCGUUCUCUGCGUCGACUUUUCCUCACUGCCGCCUUCACUACUAUUCAGCUGCAAGACAAAGUGACAGAACUCUUGGAAUUCUGUCUCAGAGACUGCAGCCUCAGUGGUCAUCUGGGCUAGUCUUAGAGCAGGUUCCCGUGAACUCUCAAUUCAGCUAUCCGGAUGCCAUACAGAAGGAAAACCUCUCCGCCUUACUUGAAGUGCAGCUGUCGCAUUCGCUGUUUUCUGUCGAUCACGGAUGUCCGGCAUUUGUACCCAAACCUGGUGUCGAAGCACUACAUGCUUAUGUGCCGCUCCUGCAGUCUGUUACAUCAGCAGCGGCUAUGUCUCCAAUGGAUGCUGCUAUCUUGGCACAGCUGGGCAAUAUUCUGGGUCUUUGCGUAGCACUCUGGGGAAAUGUUCCUGGCUGCAAAGCAGGAACAGACGACCCAUCGAGCUAUGCGAAUAUCCAAGCUCGAAGAGAGGCACUCUCGGAUUGGCUGAUUGAGACGACGAGAGCAACAAUUGAUCGCGAAAUAACUGAGUUGAAGUUCAAGGAACACAGCCAUGUGAAGGUGAUCCUGAGCCAUCUUAGUGGGCACCAAGUGAGUGAAGCCUGCACUGUUGCACGAGAGGCAAGGGAGCACCGUCUGUGUCUUCUCAUUGCACAAGGCAGCUGCAGCCCUAUCACUAGAGGUAUCCUGCAGAAGCAGUUAGACAACUGGAAAAACUUUAAGAUUGAUGAACACAUUGAUAUGGAUCGCCUCUUGGUCUACGCCAUCCUCGCAGGACUUCUAGUGUGGCAUUCAUCCAUUGGGGUACUCAACAGUUGCCGUGAUCUCGACUGGAAACGAGCCCUGGCAGUGCACCUUUGGUAUCACUGUCAAACAACAGCUAGCAUUGCCGAUGCAGUGGCUGCUUACGAAAGCUCAUUCAUGGGCAGUGAUUCAAUGGGUGCCUAUGCUCGUCCACCCUAUCCACCUUACAUAGAGGAGUCAUUUGGGUCCCUUUCGGAAUCUGAGAUGGCAGCAGCACCUUAUGACACCUGCUUCCACCUGCUCAAGUUAUAUUGUGACCGUGCUCAACCACUUGACAAAAUCCUGACACCUGUCACAUCAGUCUCUUCGCUUCUUGACUUCAGGAUAAGUUGGGUUCUACAUUCACUGCUAACAUCGUUUGGGUACCUGCACAUGGCUCCAGCUGCCCAGAUGUCUCUUCACACUGGAUUUGCCUCCCAAUUGGAAGCAUGGGACAUGUGGCCAUGGGCUGCUUUUGUUCUGCUUCACAUACAAGACCCAAGCAGCCGGAGAGUCGCGCUCAGGGAUCUGCUGUUGCGACAUGCAGCUUCCUCGUCAGCGGAACAGGAGCUGUCGGAGUUGUCGGAGGAAGAAACGUUUCUCCAUGAGAAGCUACACAUUCCGCUCGUGUGGAUAUACGAGGCCAAGGCAGCCCGUGCUGACACUGAUGGUGACUUUCAUGCCAAAGCCAUCUUCCUAACCAAGGCUGAGUUGUGGAAUGAAGCCCACAAAACAAUCCUCGAACACCUGUCAACCGAUGCCAUUAUCAAUGAGAAGCAUGACUACCUGCGUAGUCUGCUCACUCCCCUUUCACGGAACAGUGCUGCUGUGCUGAAUUGGAACCAGGGUGGUCAAGUAUUCUUGGAUUUCUUGGACGUGUGCAAUUCUACAGAAAGAAUAUUGAGUCAAGAAGCUGGCCUGUAUGAAAUGGAAAAGAUACGUCCCAAAGUCAUGUCUCUGUGUGGACGAAUCCUCGCCCUGCGCAAUAAGACGGCUAGAGAGAGGCUUUGCCAAGCUGAGAUGGCUAAAAGGACGUCAAGCCUUCUUCAGGCCAUGGUGACCCUACAGGAGGACCCCUCCAAAUGCGGCAUUUUGCACCUGCUCAUUCCAAAUCUGGGAAAGCUUCCAAUGCCGGAGGACUACACGGUGGACGAGUUUCAUCUCCUGUCCACAAAUUACCUGCAACCCCACAUGUGAUUUUGUGUCAGAGUAUGGGGACCCAAUGUGGCUUGUACAUAUAUCGUGUCCAUCAUAUCUCAUACUAUGUGACAGUAAUGCAGUUCUUUCUUCACCAUCAUUUUGUGCACUUAUUUCUGCAUGUCUUUCAAAUAUAUAUAUGCUUCCUUUGCAAAGAGUGUGAGCUGCGAGAUCAUAAAUUUGUGUUAAUGUGCGAUGACCCUUGAACGGAGAAAGCUGUGUGAGAAUACAGUACCCUACUGACUUUUUUGUAAUGAGUUAGUAAUGUGAAAGUUGGCUAUCAAAAUAAUUGCGAGACCUAAUGUGAAUGUUACAUAGGUGUGACAAAGAUUAUGCAGUGUUCAAAUUUACUGAAAGACUGCAAUAAAAUAUGGAUAUGUA